AUGGGAGAUAUGGUUACUGUUAAAGAAAAAAGAGCUGUAUUAUCAAAAAAAGAUGCUUUAUGGAAAUUAGCAAAUAAAUUAUUUGCUACUCUCUCUCUUCCAGAUCCAAAAAUGCAUGAAAUUUUUAAGUAUGCACCAGAAAUAACACCAACAGAAUUUAAUAAUAUUUAUGCAUAUUAUGAUUUUGGAGUAGCCCAACACCAAAAAAAAAAUAUGCAAACAAAUGAGCUAACAAUAAAUAGCAAUUCACAAAUCAAUGAGACUGAAAAUAACAAUGUAAGUGCUAGGCAAUUGCAUGAACAAGCAGGUACAAAGCGUCAACAUAGAGUUACAAACAAUAAUGAAAAAAAAAUUCUUGAGAAUUUACUUAAAUAUGAUAAUUUCCCUGAAGAUAAAGUCAUAGAAAUAUUAAGACAACUUUAG